AUGGACGACCUCGAGCUCGAACUCGAAGACCUCGAUAGUGCUCUACCUGAGUCAGACACUCUUACGGCCCGCAUACUAGAAUCACUUUGUGAAGGGACAGCCAGUCUCAAAUCCUCAAAUGGUCAUGUUCCAUUUCUACCCGAAGGCAAGAUAGAGCAUGUUUUUACGAAGACCAAACUCACUCAAGAGCUGCGAAGAUACGAUCGCAGCCGUGUAGAAAAGCUUGGGAAAAAUCCAUGUUCCGAUACAUAUCUUAAUGAGCUCUCGGAUUGGAUCUACCAACAUGGCAAAAAGGUCCUUGCCAUCACACUGUACUGCGCGCUCGAUGAGGCUGAUACAAUGGUUGCAAUGGGUAUGUUCCGUAAAUAUAAUUUUGGUGAUAAUGAGCUUCCUGUCGGAGAGUUUGAGGAAGCUCCGGAUCACAUAUUGAAAGCCUUUCCUCAGAUCAAGAUCUCCUCUAUUGGCCGAAACAAGACAGACAUAGACAGCACAUGGGAAAGAGAAGCAGUCGUGCUGAAAGAGAUAAACAAGCUCGGGCAUCCUCAUAUCACACCAUGCAUUGCUGCUAUUCGACGAGGCGAUGGUCGAUAUUUCAUGUUUCCAUGGGCUGAUGGCGAUAACCUCCGCGACUUCUGGGAUCGCACCCACAGUAGUCCACUGACUCCUGAGCUGGUGCGGCACGCUAUUGGUCAAUUGUGCGGAUUAGCGGAGGCCCUCGAGCAACUCCACAAUAUUGAGAGGAACUCAUCAAUUCACACAAAGCCGAUUUUCGAGAUUCCUGAACUAGAGAGACCAAGCGAUAGUGUUUUCCGUAUCGCUGGCAUGGGCAUCGCCAAGAAACAUAUCGCCCGAGCCAAUUUUAGGGAGGAAAGUACGGGCCCGAUGUUUACCACUAGGCGAUACGAACCACCAGAAGCUACGCGCGUGCAAUCGCGGCUUUCCGAUAUCUGGUCGAUGGGCUGUAUCCUUUUCGAAUACAUCAUCUGGCUACUAUACGGCAAUACUGUACUGAAAGAGUUCAGUCGGGAAAUUGACAUGGAUGAAGGACGAUAUUACGAAACCCGAGUUGGAGGCCCACAUCCGGAACACGCAAUUCGCUCGGUAGUCCGUCGAUGGAUGGAGCAUAUCCGGAAAGACCCGGAAUGCUCUCAGCACUCUGCCAUAAGAGACUUACUAGAUAUCGUACAGAACAAACUUCUCGUCGUC